CCCCACAUGGGACAUGGCAAUGCCAUUCCUUCAAAGGCAUCCAAAGAAUAAUAACUAACAGAAGCGUGCCAGCGUCAAUAAGCACUCACACUCACUAGUGUCAAUUUUAUUCAAUUCAGUUCAAUUUAUCGAAACCCCUACCUCACUUCUUCAGUUCUUCUUUUCUUAUUCAACUUUCUUUCGAAUAAAAAGAAAGAAAGAAACAGGGGAAAUCAAACGGAAAAGGAAAUGACGGAAAUGGACGGCACCUCCAACAAACCGCCGCAAAUUUCCGAGAUGUUCCAGAAAUUCGCACUCGCCUUCAAGACUAAAACCUUCGAAUUCUUCUCCGACGAAAACGGCACCGUUCCUGAUGACUCCGACGGUUUCUCCCUCCUCGAUUCCGCCGAAGAAAUCAUCCCUGACCAGAAAGUCGUUGUCAUCAAACCCGACCCAAACCCUUCGGAUGAGUUCUCUCCGGAACCGGAAACCCCUCCGCCUCAAUCAGAAAUCCCCGCCUACGCCUCCCUCGCCGCCGCCGCCUCCCCCGCCGUCAAUCCCUCUUGUGCAGAUCGCUACUCCUGUUGAAGUUUCCCCUCCCAAAACGACGCCGUUAACUGCGGCACAGAUCAGAGAAACGACGCAGAACUUGAUUUCAUCGAUCUUCGCUACGGUUUCUGCUUUCGAAGCUUCGUACUUCCAAUUGCAGAGCGCACAUGUUCCUUUCGUGGAGGAGAGCGUGAAGAGCACGGACAGAGUCUUGGUUUCUCACCUCCACAGGCUCUCCGAGUUGAAGCGGUUCUACCGAGACUGGCGCCGCGAGCCGGAAUCCGUGUCGGAGUUCCCAAUCGGAUCCUGCCUCGAAGCUCAAGUGGAAGAGAAUCAGAGCAAGCUUCGGAUUCUUCGAACCCUCUCGAACCGGUUGCAGUUGGAGCUUGAACAGAAGCACGAUGAGGUCUCCGCUCGAAGGAGGGAGCUUGAUGGAGUUCACAAGGGUAACAUUAGGUUGUCUAAGAAGCUUUUGAAUCCUUGCUGUGAUGUGUUGUUAACUGUUAGAGUUUUUGAUUCAUUGUUGCACGAUGCUUCAAGGGCGACACAUAAGUUCACCAAGAUUUUGAUAGGGUUGAUGAGGAAGGCACAAUGGGAUUUGGGAUUGGUGGCGAAUGCAGUCCAUCCUGAUGUUAAGUAUGCUAAGAAAGGUCACAAUCAGUAUGCGUUAUUGUCCUAUGUUUGUUUGGGAAUGUUUCAAUGUUUUGAUUCGUUAUGUUUUGGAGUUGGUUUGAAAGAAGGAGAAGAAGAUCAAGAUGCUUCUAAUGGUUUAGAUUUGGAAAAGGAGGACGGUUCGAUGAAGCAAUUGCUUGAGCAUGUGUCUAGCAAUCCAAUGGAUUUGCUGGGAAUUCAUCCUGGUUGCAGCUUUUCAAGAUUUUGUGAGCACAAGUACGAGAGGCUUAUCCAUCCAUCGAUGGAGUCAUCCAUCUUCGUUGAUCUAGAUCAGAAUGAAGCAGUUUUGAGGUCAUGGAGGUCAUUGAGUAUAUUCUAUGAGGCGUUUGUUGGAAUGGCAAGCUCCAUAUGGACAUUGCAUAAGCUGGCUCAUGCUUUUGAUCCCGCAGUUGAGAUUUUUCAAGUCGAAAGGGGCGUGGAGUUCUCCAUGAUAUACAUGGAAGACAUUACAAAGCGAUUAGCUUGGCCAAACAAAGGGAGGGCAAAGGUUGGGUUCACAGUGGUUCCUGGUUUUAAAAUUGGGAAGAUAGUUAUUCAAUCACAGGUCUAUUUAAGUAACUUAAGAUGUACAGAGUAGUUUUCCCAGGGUAUGCUUUUGUUCAAUGCAUGUGUGGGCACUGCAUUCGGAUGAAACUGUUUUCUGCAUGUGCUAACCGGUUAUUGAUUCCGAUAUACUAUGCUUGGCUUGUUAGUCAGUUGAAGUUAUCAGUUUUUCGGAUUUUCCUGGAGCAACUACUAUUGAGAAAGAUGGGGUAAUUCCCACGUACUCAUAUAUGCUUGAGGAUAACGGAUUCUUGCUACUAUGCUGAGGUGGGAGUGGUUGUGAUGGCAUCAAUUUACUUCCUAUUUUGUGCCAACACUGAGGUUUGCUGGUUAAUUUGCUGACAUGCAAUGAUUUCUAUGGUUGAAAGAAGUGCUAGCGAAACCAAAAGGUCAAAAGAAUUGCUGUGAUUAUGGUUAUUGCUCUUGCAGCCUGCUUCUGCAACCUGUAUUAUGCUGUGUAUGCACCAAGCAGCGAAGCAGUCUAAGUUAACAAAAAUGGGAGAGAAAAAGAAAAACAGGAAAAGAUGCAAUAGCGGACAAAGACAAAGAAAGAGGCACCACUGAACAGAGCAGAAAAACACAAAACAGACUGGUGAUGGGGUGAGUUGAACUACUAGCUAGUGGAGUGGUGAUGACUGAUGACAGUGAAAUAAGUGAUAUUAUUUUGAUGACAAAAGAUUCCAAGUUUAAGAAAUAAUGGGAAUUAAUACCUACGGCAAGGUCUUUGUGGGUUAGGCUUUUUUUUUUUUUUAACCUUUUGGGAAAUUUUCUUAUUAAGAUGUUUUUGCUCAUGUAAAAGAGCAAAAGAUUCUAAGGCAGUUUUUGUAGUGCUGGGACAUGUGGUUGGAAAGGAAUUCCAGGAUUUUUUUUAAAGGUACCUUUUCAACUUUGUGAUAGGAAUGAUUUAUUUGUUUAUUUA